CAUCACCCACCGCUUCUCCCUUACAAACAAUUCUCUUCUUCUUCUUCUUCUUCUUCUUCUUCUUCGUUUUGCCAACACUUGGAGGGAAAUGGCCGUCGAUUCCACUACGCCGACGGCGCUGGGCCCACCGGCGUGCGAGAAAGACAGGAAGGCCCUCGAGUUCAUCGAGGAGAUGACCCGGAACGCCGACUCGGUGCAGGAGCGGGUCCUGGCCGAGAUACUCCGGAGGAACGCCGACACCGAGUACCUCCGCCGCUUCGGCCUCGACGGCGCCACUGACAGGGAGGCGUUCAAGUCCAAGAUUCCCGUCGUGACUUACGAGGAUCUCAUGCCGGAGAUCCAGCGCAUCGCUAACGGCGACCGCUCGCCUAUCCUCUCUUCCCACCCCAUCUCCGAGUUCCUCACCAGCUCCGGAACUUCAGCUGGGGAGCGGAAACUGAUGCCAGCUAUUGAAGAGGAUUUGGACCGUCGCCAGCUUCUCUACAGCCUUCUCACUCCCGUCAUGAACCUGUAUGUCCCGGGACUGGACAAAGGCAAGGCGCUCUACUUCUACUUCAUCAAGGCCGAGUCAAAGACCCCGGGCGGCCUGCUGGCCAGACCGGUUCUAACCAGCUACUACAAGAGCGACCACUUCAAGAACCGGCCGUACGACCCGUACAGCGUCAUCACCAGCCCGACGGAGGCGAUCCUCUGCGUCGACUCCCACCAGAGCAUGUACACCCAGAUGCUGUGCGGCCUCAUCAUGCGCCACGACGUCCUCCGAGUCGGCGCCGUCUUCGCCUCGGGUCUCCUCAAGGCCAUCCGCUUCCUCCAGCUCAACUGGGAGCAGCUGGCCCGCGACAUCCGGACCGGCUCGCUCAACCCCAACGUGACCGACCCGUCCAUCCGACGGGUCAUGGCCCGGACCCUGACCCCGAACCCGGACCUGGCCGACUUCGUGGCCGAAUCAUGCUCGAAUACCAGCUGGGAAGGGAUCGUCGCCCGUAUCUGGCCCAACACCAAGUACCUCGACGUCAUCGUGACGGGCGCCAUGGCUCAGUACAUCCCAACCCUCGAGUACUACAGCGGCGGCUUACCGAUGACUUGCACCAUGUACGCCUCGUCGGAGAGCUAUUUCGGGCUCAACCUCGAACCGAUGGUCAAGCCGUCGGAGGUGACCUACACGCUGAUGCCCAACAUGUGCUACUUCGAGUUCAUGCCACAUGUGGAUGAUGACGUGGACGAGGAGGAGGAGAAGAGGUCGCGUAAUCUGGUGGAGCUGGCUGACGUGGAGGUGGGGAAGGAGUACGAGCUGGUCAUCACUACGUACGCUGGGCUGUGCCGGUACGAAGUCGGGGACGUGCUGCGGGUGACGGGGUUCCACAACGCGGCCCCGCAGUUCCGGUUCGUCCGGAGGAAGAACGUCCUGCUGAGCAUCGACUCGGACAAGACGGACGAGUCGGAGCUGCAGGGCGCGGUGGAGAGCGCGUCGGAGCUGCUGCUGAAGGGGUUCGAGACGAGGGUGGUGGAGUACACGAGCUACGCGGACACGAAGACGACGAUCCCGGGGCACUACGUGGUGUUCUGGGAGUUGAUGGGGAAGAAUUUGCCGACGGAGGAAGUGAUGGAGCGGUGUUGUCUGGCGAUGGAGGAGAAGCUGAACUCGGUGUACAGGCAAGGCAGGGUGAUCGACUCGAUCGGGCCGCUGGAGAUCAGGGUGGUCCGGGGCGGGACGUUCGAGGAGCUGAUGGAUUACGCGAUCUCGCGGGGCGCGUCGAUCAAUCAGUACAAGGUGCCGAGGUGCGUGAGCUUCACGCCCAUCAUGGAGCUGCUGGACGCUAGGGUUGUGUCGAGGCACUUCAGCCCGGCGGUUCCUCAUUGGUCGCCGGAACGACGGGGGCUGAGUGAAUGAAACGGCAGAUAAAUAAACCCAUGAUCGAUCGUGUUUGAAUAAUAAUAAAGUUGGUGAAAUUGGCAAGGGUAAAGAUGGAAACGAAAAGGGUCAGUCGGGGUAGCUAGUGGCUUCUGGCGCUGCUGCUGGCUGCUGUUUCUGCUUCUUCUUUUAUCUUUUGUUUUGGACUGUAGGUUUUGAAAGUGUCGUCCUUUUUCUUUCUUUACAGUAGUCCUUUUUCCUCGAUUUGUAUGCGUAUGUCUGCGUCUGUGUAAUAUAAAAACAUGUAGCUACUGCCUAGUAGUUCAUUAUUGUGAUGAUAAUAUAAUAGUAAUAUUAAAGUUUGGUGUUGCU